AUGGUUCUUCAGCAUUAUAAUCUUAAGAACGACUGUUGUGACAUUGCUGUCAUGUGCGGUGCAUGCAUCCUGAGUAUUCUGGCAAUUAUACUUCAAAAUGAUUCCCUAAAGCUUUUGGCCGAUAUUAUGUACUACGUUACAAUCGGCUGCAUGCUGGCCCAGCAUGAACAUCAAAUGAAGAAAUUCGGAUACCCGAGAGGGCAGAAUAUGGUGUAA